AGGCGGGCGGAGCCUAGCAGCGUCUCCUUCCACCAGGGUCCCUUCCUCGGAAGUAGGCGCGUCCGUCCAUGUUCCGUUCAUUUCUUUUAAAGUGGUUUUUGUAACGACCCCCUUCCCUGACACUUCGCACCAUGGACGACUAAACCGGGGUUCGGGUACUCGAUUCCGCCCGUCUUUCUCCAGCCUCGGAUCGAGAGGACCGGAUGAAACCCAACUGUGGUUUUCUCCGCUUCGCAGGGGAGGUAGCUGCAUCCAGUGGGGAGGUAGGCUCGACCUGGGGAGGACAGGAUGAAAUUGUUCCAACCCUGGGGACGCCAGAGGCUGGCCUUUCUGCUAGAGAAGGCCGCCUCUAGGGAAGCCAGGAUGUGGACGGUCUACGUGCCCAAGAAGCCCUCCUCACAGGAUGCAGACGUCUCCCCGGCCCAGAGGGACGAGGCGGUCCGCUGGUUGACGGCGCUCCACAGUGACCUGCGGCUCUACCCAGAAACCCUGGCGUUGGCCGUGAGCGUCCUCGACCGCUUCCUGGCUCCCAUCAAGGCCCGGCCCAAGUACCUGCGCUGCAUCGCCAUCGCCUGCUUCUUCCUGGCAGCUAAAACCUGCGAGGAGGACGAGUGUGUUCCCUCUCUGAAGGAGCUGGCUGCCUCCAGUGAGUGUGGCUGCUCUCCGUCAGAGAUCCUGAGGAUGGAGAGGAUCAUCUUGGACAAACUGAACUGGGAUCUGCACACCGCCACAGCGCUGGACUUCCUGCACAUUUUCCAUGCGAUGGUGGUGUCGUGCAGGUCCGGGUUCUUGGACUCCUCGUCGGGACUGAACCCCUCUCAGCACCUCGCCCGGCUCACACAGAGACUGAACAUCUGUCUGGCUGACCACACACUCCUGCAGCUCAGAGGAUCCAUGCUGGCUCUGGGCCUUCUCACUCUGGAGCUGGAGAGCUGCUGCCCCGACUGGCUGGUUCUGACCAUCGACCUGCUCAGGAGGACUCAGAUCGACAGCUCGGAGUUGAUUCGCAGCAGAGAGCUCGUUGCACGCAGUCUGUCCACACCGAGAGCUUCCCUGCCUCCCAACACUGUCUACAUCUACCAGCCCCUGCAGAACCCGGUACCGACCCGCCAGCUGGGGACCCUCGGCGCCUCCGUCCAGCCUCAAGCUGCUGCCGAGGAGGAGAGGAGCGACUCCUGCCCCACUCUGCUCCCACCCAGGCGCCCCAACCGGCUGCAGAAGGUCACCCUGCGCUGCAAGGCGUCCACCAAACGCAAGGUGGAGCAGAUGGACGUGGACGAUUUCUACGACGGCAUCAAACGACUCUACAACGAAGACGCCGCCGUCCAGGAGGGGGCCUCUUCCCCCUGUCCUCCUCUGCAGCGGGUCGGGCCCUCGUAGAACCAGAACCAGAACCAGCUCCACGACUCCUUCAGCAGCAAACAACUUAUUUAUUCUCACAAACCCUCAACACAACGGCAGCUCAACGUUUCCCUGCGUCAGGAGAGGCUGCUGCCGGAGGCGCCGUGGAGCCGGUCCUGCUCCCAUCAUGCCCUGCAGCAGGAAGAACAGAGCCCAAAAAAAUAUAAACGUCCCAAAAUGUAAAAAAAAAAUUAAAAAUCUAUUUGUUAAACACAAAAGUAUAAAAAAAGAAAAUGUUCUUUCCUCAUCUUUUUGUUUUUAAACGUCUGUCAAAGUCUCUCACAGGUAAAACGUGCUAACGUUUGAUUUGUUUAGCUGCCAAUCGUUUCCCGUCUCUAAAAAAAGCCAAACUUUCCCUGUAGUCCCAAUUAUUUUGUCUCCUAGUAGCCGAAGGUGUUGGUAGAACGACGCCGAUGAGUUCACAAUGAUCUUCCUGCGUGUAAAAAAAGCUCUGUUCCUCCUGCUGGAGAGUCGUGUCCUUGAACGCACCAAUAAAGACUUCACAUCAA